AUGCCCAACCGCUUCUCUCUCAUCAUAGCCACCAUCCUGGCAUUCAUGCUCACUGCAGCAUCGCAGAUAUCCAACCCCAAAACCAACACGCUCAUCUGCUCCAAGCCCGGCGGAAGCUACUGCGUCUAUGGCUCUCUAAAGAACUCGGUUAUCAUCUCCUGUGCAUCUAAGAAUACCGUGGAGAUCCGUUCGUGCAAUCUGCUAUUAUCUAAUAUUCUCCCCGAGGGCUACGAGGAGCAAGCUAUCUGUUACGAAUCUACCCCUCCAACCGGGGACGCUGUCUGCGCCUUCAGGUGUACAGGAUACACCCUUCCCCUGGCCACCGUCCCGGUUCCGGAGUCGAUCCUGUGUGAUGAGGCCGGUCUCUGGGAUCAGUACCCUAACACUCCGGAUGUGAACAGUCAUCCCACCCUCACAUCAACAACUUCUUCCCACACCUACUAUGCUAUCUCACCCCAUGAGUCUAACCAAUUCAACGGGUAUGGUGACGACUCCGAGGACUUUAUCGACCUAUACUUCAACGAUCUAUCUUACUCGGAGCCGGAGUUGGAGUUGGAGUCGGAGUUCGGUGACGACGACUAUGGUUGACGUUAGUGCUACGGCAGUGGAUAAGGGCAGUUCUGGGACUGGGACUGGGGGUAUGUCGGUUGGAGCGAG